GCUACUGGCUGCCUGGUAUGACGCUAAAAUAAAUAGGCUUGACCCUGGUUCUUGCACAAACUGGCAGAAAAAUAGAGUCUUGUUGUGAGUCUUGGUUGCCAUUCAGGCACGCAUAAAUCGGAGAUCCAAUAUGAUAGCUGCGUUUGUGUUCGAAUACUGACCUUGUAAUAGAUGAGUAGAAUGCGGCUUUCCAGAAUCUUGUAAACACGAAAAAAAUCUAAGUUAUCCAUACUCUUUUUGCAAUGUGACAGUCGAAGAUGUGUCAGCGAGGAAAGAGGUAAACGAAUGGGAUAAGCAAGGAAGGGCAUGUAUAGAAGUUGGGACUCCACGCGACAAGGAUAAUGCAAAAGGAACAGCUUGAAAGUUGGAGGAGGAUCAUCACAGCUCGAGGCUACUACACAAAUCCGACCGAUCACCACAAUACCCUGGACGUCCACUAUCACACAACAGCAAGCAGACUCAUGGACCUUCACCACUAUUCUCUACCUCGCGCGCGGCCACAUGAUGCGCUGCGAUCUUCUAGAAUCCUGCUGCAGCCGUCAAUGAUGUUUUUCAUCUUUUGCUUAUUGGUGUUGCUUUGCUCUGCUGGCUCCAUUUGUGUCUUCUUCUUUCCCUCUAUCGUCUCCAUGAGAUCCACGUCGAUCGGCUGCCGGCAAUACGGACACAGGUCCCCACUAGCUCCUUGCUGCAUGUGA